CAAAAUAAAAUUAAAUAUCAUAGCGAAAGAGUUGGAUAUAUAUUACCUAAUAUAAGAUUUGUUGCAUUAGCAAAAGAUCAAAGCAACAAAAUUAGUUCUUCUAAUGCUACCCAAUUAUCUAAACUAG